AUGCCCACCCACAGACCCUUCGAGAUCAUUAUCCUGAUGACCAUCUUUGCCAACUGCGUGGCGUUGGCCGUCUACCUGCCCAUGCCGAACGAUGAUACCAACGCUUCCAACUCCAGCCUGGAGAAGAUAGAGUACGUCUUCCUGAUCAUCUUUACCAUUGAAGCCACACUCAAGAUCAUCGCCUAUGGGUUUCUACUUCACACGGAUGCCUACCUCCGAAACGGCUGGAACGUGCUGGACUUCGCCAUUGUCUCUUUGGGGCUGGUCACGGUGGUUGUGGAGCAGAUCAACGUGAUGCAGGGCAUACUGCCGUCGGGGAAGGGCGGCUUUAACAUGAAAGCCCUGCGAGCCUUCCGCGUGCUGAGACCCCUGCGCCUGGUGUCAGGAGUGCCAAGCCUGCAGGUGGUCCUGAACUCCAUCAUCAAGGCCAUGGUGCCCCUGCUCCACAUCGCCCUGCUGGUCCUCUUCAUGAUCAUCAUAGGGCAGGAGCUGUUCAAGGGAAAGUUGCACAAGACCUGCUACUACAUCGGGACAGAUAUCAUUGCCAAAGGGGAAAUGGAGAAGCCAUCCCCGUGCACCAGCACCGGCCACGGGUAUCACUGCACCCUCAACGGCACUGAGUGCAGGAGCGGGUGGCCGGGGCCCAACAACAACGGUAUCACCCAUUUUGAUAAUUUUGGCUUCGCCAUGCUGACCGUGUACCAGUGCAUCACCAUGGAGGGAUGGACGGAAGUCCUCUACUGGGUGAACGACGCCAUCGGGAACGAGUGGCCCUGGAUCUAUUUCGUCAGCCUCAUUCUGCUGGGCUCUUUCUUCGUUCUCAACCUGGUGCUGGGCGUGCUCAGCGGGGAGUUCACCAAGGAGCGUGAGAAGGCCAAGUCACGGGGCACGUUCCAGAAGCUGCGGGAGAAGCAGCAGCUGGAGGAGGAUCUGAAGGGCUACAUGGACUGGAUCACCCAUGCCGAAGUCAUGGACAGCCACCGGGCCAGGGGAGAAGGGAUGCUGCCAUCAGAGGAAGGGGGUUCAGAGACCGAGAGCCUUUAUGAAAUUGAGGGCAUGAACAAAUGGAUUCUCUUCUUCCGGCAGUGGAGGUGAUGGAACCGCCUGUUCCGCAGGAAGUGCCGCGAGGUGGUGAAGUCCAAGUUUUUCUAUUGGCUGGUGAUCCUGCUCAUCUCGCUGAACACCCUGUCAAUCGCCUCCGAGCAUCACUGGCAGCCCGAGUGGCUGACCCAUGUGCAAGACAGCGCCAACCGGGUGCUGCUGGCGCUCUUUGUGGCCGAGAUGCUGCUGAAGAUGUACGCGCUGGGCCUGCGCCAGUACUUCAUGUCCCUCUUCAACCGCUUCGACUGCUUCGUGGUGUGCGUCGGCAUCCUGGAGAUUAUCCUGGUGGAGAUCAACGUCAUGUCACCCCUGGGCAUCUCUGUCCUGCGGUGCAUUCGCCUGCUGAGGAUCUUCAAGAUAACCAGGUACUGGACCUCUCUGAGCAACCUGGUGGCAUCCCUGCUAAACUCGGUCCGCUCCAUCGCCUCCCUGCUCCUCCUCCUCUUCCUCUUCAUCAUCAUCUUCUCCCUGCUGGGGAUGCAGCUCUUCGGCGGGAAGUUCGACUUUGAAGACAUGGAGGUGCAGCGCAGCACCUUCGAUAACUUCCCCCAGGCGCUCAUCAGUGUCUUCCAGAUCCUGACCGGAGAAGACUGGAAUUCAAUCAUGUACAAUGGGAUCAUGGCUUAUAAAGGGCCCUCCUUCCCCGGCGUGCUGGUAUGCAUUUACUUCAUCAUCCUCUUUGUCUGCGGGAACUAUAUCCUGCUCAAUGUCUUCCUGGCCAUCGCUGUGGACAAUCUGGCCGAGGCCGAGAGCCUGACGUUGGCCCAGAAAGCCAAAGCUGAGGAGAAGAAGCGGAGGAAAAUGUCCAGAAGUUACCCAGAGAAAUCUGAGGAGGAAAAGCUCCUGCUGGCCAAGAAGCUGGAGCAGAAAGCCAAGGCUGAAGGAAUCCCCACCACAGCCAAGUUAAAAGUGGACGAGUUUGAAUCAAACGUGAAUGAGAUCAAAGACCCCUACCCUUCUGCUGACUUCCCAGGUGACGAUGAGGAAGAUGAGCCCGAAAUCCCGAGCCCUCGGCCACGCCCCCUGGCAGAGCUGCAGCUCAAGGAGAAAGCAGUACCCAUGCCCGAAGCCAGUGCCUUCUUCAUCUUCAGCCCAACCAACAAGAUCCGAGUGCUGUGCCACCGAAUCGUCAACGCCACCUGGUUCACCAACUUCAUCCUGCUCUUCAUCCUGCUCAGCAGCGUCUCCCUGGCGGCUGAGGAUCCCAUCCGGCCUGUGUCCUUCAGGAACAAGAUUCUGGGAUAUUUUGACAUCGGCUUCACCCCCGUGUUCACAGUUGAAAUAGUCCUGAAGAUGACUGCAUAGGGUGCAUUCCUUCACAAGGGGUCCUUCUGCCGGAACUACUUCAACAUCCUGGAUCUGCUGGUGGUUGCUGUCUCCCUCAUCUCCAUGGGAAUUGAGUCCAGCGCCAUCUCCGUGGUGAAAAUCCUGAGGGUGCUGAGAGUCCUGUGGCCACUGCAGGCCAUUAACAGAGCGAAGGGGCUGAAGCACGUAGUCCAGUGCGUGUUCGUGGCCAUCAAGACCAUCGGCAACAUUGUGAUUGUCACCACCCUGCUGCAGUUCAUGUUCACCUGCAUCGGGGUGCAGCUCUUCAAGGGGAAGUUUAGCAGCUGUACGGAUCCGGCCAAGAUGACAGAAGAGGAAUGCAGAGGCAACUUCAUCGUGUACAUGGACAGCGGCCCCAAGCAGCAAGAGCUGUACCCGUGCAAGUGGGUGCACAACGACUUCCACUUCGACAACGUCCUCUCAGCCAUGAUGUCGCUCUUCACCGUCUCCACCUUCGAGGGCUGGCCGCAGCUGCUGUACAAGGCCAUUGACACCCACACCGAGGACAUGGGCCCCAUCUACAACUACCGGGUGGAGAUUGCCAUCUUCUUCAUCAUCUACAUCAUCCUCAUUGCCUUCUUCAUGAUGAACAUCUUCGUCGGCUUUGUCAUCGUCACCUUCCAGGAGCAGGGCGAGAGCGAAUACAAGAACUGCGAGCUGGACAAGAACCAGCGCCAGUGUGUCCAGUACGCGCUGAAAGCCCGCCCUCUGAGACGCUACAUCCCCAAGAACCCCUAUCAGUACCAGAUCUGGUAUGUGGUGACCUCCUACUACUUCGAGUACCUCAUGUUCUUCCUGAUCAUGCUGAACACCAUCUGCCUGGGCAUGCAGCACUACAACCAGUCAGCUGAGAUGAACCACCUCUUGGACAACUUGAACGUGGCCUUCACCAUCCUCUUCACCCUGGAGAUGUUCCUCAAGCUCAUGGCCUUCAAAGCCAAGGUGAGUGUGGGGUGA